CUUUUAAAAUACUUUCGUAAUGAAGUAAAUGUACACUGAGUGUAUAGUGAUGAAGAGAUUUUUGCAUCGUCAUUCCAAACUUUACUAUAAAACAAAAAUUCUUACUUUGUCAUCCCUUUUUUAAUUAACCAACAGACUUGUUUAUAUCAGGUUUAAUUUAAAGAUGACUGCUAAAUAUUCCUUGUUGUACUUUGACCUUCGCGCACGCGGCGAAGCGAUUCGAAUGUUAUUCAAACAUGCUGGAGUUGAUUUUGAAGAUAAAAAAAUCACAUUUGCAGAGUUCCCAGAGGUCAAAGCAGACGUUACAAAAACUCCAUCCGGCUCUUUGCCAGUUUUGACAACACCAUGUGGAAAGAAAAUAGUGCAAACAACUGCUAUUUUAAGAUACGUGGCAAAUGAACUAAAUCUCUAUGGUAACGGCAAUGUGGAGCGUGCAAUGAUCGAUGCUAUUGUGGAUACACAUAAAGAAGUACACGAUCUUAUGAUAUCUUUGGAGUUUGGAACGAAAGAUGAGGACAAGCCGGAGAAACGCAAACAGCUUGAGAAUACAAUUCAUAAGUCAUUCAAAUUUUAUGAAAUUUUUAUCAAAGACAAUGAGUCGAAAGACCACUUCGUUGGAAAAGCGAUUUCACUCGCCGAUAUAUAUUUCGUUGAUGUGGUUGACUACAUGAACGUUUCUCUCCCUGAAAACAAAAUUUUGGAACAAUACGCCGUCUUAAAGAACAUUGACAGCAAAACGAGGGAAGCAGAAAAUAUAAAAAAGUAUUUAUCAGAGCGCAAAUAAAUAUUUUUAGUACCAGUUAUAUUUAUUAUUUUAAGAUAUAGAAGUUAUGUUUA